GUUUGCUCAUUAGUGCUGCAUUGAUCCACUGGCUGUCCAAUGCUUUGGACUCAGAGACUAACUGUUAAAUCAAAUCUAAAAUUCGGGAGCUUGUUCAGUGGUCAGUAGUGAUUGGUACAUGAUGGCAGGGAGAUGUAGUACAGGAAUGUGGUUGCUCUUUUUUGCCGCUAUGCUCAACUACGCCUGUGGAUCUACAGAGGUCUGCACUAACUCCCUCCUUCCUGGAGCUAAAGGAGACCAAGGUGAGAUUGGAGAUGAGGGAGAUGAGGGGAGACUGGGGAAGAAUGGACCACCAGGACUUCCAGGUGCUCCAGGUGAGAUGGGGCUUAAAGGAGAUGUUGGUCACACAGGAAAGAUGGGGCCCACUGGAGAUAAAGGUGACAAAGGGGAUUCAGGUUUAGAUGGGCCCCCUGGUUUAAAAGGGAAACCAGGCACUACAUGUGACUGUGGCAGGUACAGGAAGGUGGUUGGACAGUUGGAUGUUAAUGUAGGCAAGCUGAGGAAUGCUGUCAAGUUUGUAAAGAACAUUAUCUUGGGGCUGACAGAAACAGAGGAGCGGUACUAUCUGCUGGUGAAGGAGCCCAAGAGGUUCAGGGAGGCCGCAAUGAACUGCAAGCUAAGAGGAGGCACGCUUGCCAUGCCGAAAACCAUCAACAGUAACCACCUCAUAGCAGAUUACAUCAGUCGGGCAGGACUGACAAGAGUUUAUAUAGGGGUUCAGGCUCAAACCCAGGACACAGAUGGAGCACGCAAUUAUGUUUAUGCAGACUCCAACCCUCUGCAGGGGUUUGCAGCUUGGAGUCAAGAGGAGGAGCUGAACUCCGGAUUAUCUCCCACCACAAACUCCAGCUGUGUGGAGCUGCUCAGCACGGGAACAUGGGGUCAUGUUGAGUGUAAUGCCACCAUGUUUUUCGUCUGUGAGUUCACAAAAAGCAGGAGAAGAGGAGGAGGAGGAGGAGGCGGAGGAAGAGGAACACCUGCCUUGGCAUCAUGAUAAUUCAAUGAGACAUGCAGGCUUGCAUGCCAAAGUAUAUACAGUUACAGUAUGUUUUGUAGUAGGCCCAUGUAUUUUACACAAAUGCAUCACCUGUGUAAGCAUGCUAGAAGUGUGGCUCAGUGAGAUGCAGUGUAAAGAAUGGAUUUAAUGCAUUUGUCUUGCAUUUUGUCUUAGCAAACUAGCUUGCUAGCUUUUGUGCUAAUAAUUUGUUGGCCUUUUACAGAGUGCUUUGUCUCAGCUAGAUGUGGUUGCCUGUAUAACUGACCAGUACAUAUAUUCUAUUCCAGGUACAUAUGUUCAUGUAACUGUGUUUGUUGUAUCAUGUUUACUGUGAAACUUCAGAAAGCUAUACAUGUGUGUGCUGCGCCAAAGAUGACUAUGGUGAGCCAACUGUGUGACUGCACUAGUACAUAUAUUCUUUUCCUAUCCAAACAAACAGCAGCACAGAAAUAGACAGCAGCUUCUCGUAUAUCAUCCCUGCACUAAAAAAAAACACACAAAAAACAAAGAGUCAAGUGUUUGCUGUGGUUUCAUUAGUGUCUGGCUGAGCUCAGUUACAUGACACUACAUGUACUCUAUGGUUUAAUACGAUACUGCUACAGUGGGAAUUGGGAAGUGGGAAUUGAAAG